GUUGGUGGCGGUGACGCAGAUCGGAGCAGUGGUGGCGGUAGUUCGGCGGCCAGUCAUCGGCAUCAAUCCGGAUACCCUCGUCAUCUGCAGCAAACGUCAACGGCGGGCAUAAACCCGACAACGGCAACGACCACGACUACGACGGGCUCAUCAUAUGAGAAGACCAAUAACAUGGCUUCAUCAAAUCACCGCGGUAUACAGAUUGGUUCCGCCUGGUUUCAACGCAAGAUCAACCUUCGGCCACAACACCGUGGCAUUCAUCUGGUGACGGAGGAGAUCCUACGGCAGAUGCCAGAGCUGGGUCAAUUUUCUGUCGGAUUAUGUCACGUUCAAAUCCUGCAUACAUCCGCCAGUUUAGCAUUAAAUGAAAGCUGGGAUCCAGAUGUACGGGAUGAUAUGGAAAUGAUGUUGAACAAAAUAGUGCCCGAAGGCCUACAGUACAGGCAUUCAUGCGAAGGUCCAGAUGAUAUGCCUGCUCACGUAAAAGCCUGCUUCCUUGGAAGUUCACUGACAAUCCCAAUCACCGACGGCAAAUUGUCACUCGGUACGUGGCAGGGUGUUUGGCUGUGCGAACAUCGGGACCACGCAGGCUCCCGGAAGCUGGUGAUAACGCUCUCCGGUUGUCCGCGGGACUCGGCCCGAAGUCCCCUUUCGCCCGUGUCACCAAUUGCCUCUACCUCCAGUUAGGGACGGCCGCGCUCUGCCCGCGAUAGUCGGUAAUCGUGGGUUAGAGCGGCUUUUUGCUGUAAGGUCAACAAUUGUGCAACUGCAACAAAAACAACAACAACAACAACAACAGCAUCAACAGCAAUUUUAACCAAAACAACAACAGCAACCACAACAAGAAAUACUACUAAUGCUACCAGUAAUGCUACUACUACUACUACCAUUAUUAAACUAAAUAAUAAUGCUACUUACGACACUACUUUUACUACUACAACUACUACUACUAUCACUACUUCUAAAACUAUAAUGGUAACAAAUUGUAAUGAUUGCGAAUCUGUU